CAUUUCUUCCGCCUACACUUAAUCUUUCUGGCCAUUUAUAUAACCCUCCCCCACAUCCACUGUUCUCUAUACCGCCAUCUCACACCAGAUAACACUCCUCACACCGCUUACCGUAUUCGUCAUCUCCGCAUCACAGCACCACCGUUGCACCACUAUUACAACGCCAUCACCAAGACCACUAUUACACCGCCAUCACCAAGACAUUCCACCAUCAACGUCUCCUCAUUCUCUCUUAAUCAGAGACCACCAAAAGCCAUCACCCUACUCCCAUUCUUCUUCAAUGAUGACCACUAUGUCAUUGAUCUCCAAAACGAAUGUUGUUCUCCCCCUUCAUCUCCAUCAUCAGUUAACAGUAUCUAGGGGUAGGAAUGCUUUGGCUUAUGCUACACAUAAAUUCUUUCAAGAAAAUGGAUUUGUUUGGACUGCAAGUCCUAUUAUUACAGCUGCAGAUUGUGAAGGUGCUGGUGAACAAUUUUGUGUAACCACAUUGAUACCAAGCUCGAAAGAAGCUAUUGAUUCUCCAGCCAGUUCAAUCCCAAAAACAGAAAAUGGCUUGAUUGAUUGGUCACAACCUGCAUUCUUGACAGUUUCUGGUCAACUCAAUGCUGAAACAUAUGCAAUUGCUCUUUCUGAUGUGUAUACAUUCAGUCCUACUUUUUGGGCAGAAAAUUCCAACACUUCUAGACAUUUGGCAGAAUUUUGGAUGAUUGAGCUCGAGCUUGCAUUUGCGGACCUGAAUGAUGACAUGGCAUGUGUCACUGCCUAUCUCCAGUAUGGCGUGAAAUGGGGAUGUGAUUUGCAAAGCGAGCAUGAACGUUACAUAACCGAAGAGGCUUUCAAUGGAUGCCCUGUUAUUAUCACUGACUACCCAAAGGAAAUUAAGGCUUUCUACAUGCGCCAAAAUGAUGAUGGCAAGACUGUUGCAGCCAUGGAUCUACUUGUCCCACGGGUUGGUGAGCUUAUUGGUGGAAGUCAUAGGGAAGAACGCCUUGAUUAUUUGGAAAAUCGUUUGGAUGAAAUGAAUCUGAAUAAGGAGAUUUUUUGGUGGUAUCUUGAUCUUCGGCGUUAUGGUACAGGUGUACCCCAUUCAAGAUCAAACAAACAUAACCAUGUGUUGAGGGAUCGGAAUACUAAAAUCAAGUAACACACUAGAUGGUAACUGCAAAAGGUGUAUAUACAGUUCUCAAUCGUGACAUCUAAAAAUUCAACUUCACCUUCGGUGGGAUCAACCGUUUUGACCCCUUCAAUAUCUCUUUUCAUUUACAUGUUUGCAAAUUCUUUAUGCUUAAAUUAUUACAGCUAUUUUCAUAUGUGGUAGGGGCAUGUAGAUUCACGAGUUGCAUAGCCUUGUAGCAAGCUCCAACAGUAUCUUCAAUACUCACUGCCUCCCAACAUCAGGGGUAAAUUUGUCCAAAAAAAACACUCAAAAAUUCAACCUUUUAUGUAAUGCAUAUUGCAGACCAUCAACAACACCAUCAUCAUCAGGGGCAAAUUAUUUCCAUUCGGAUUAAGUUGGACUAAUAGAAUUUUAAUGAUCGGGUGAAAUGAACUUUGUGAAUCAAGUUUUGCAAUGUUGAAAACAAAUUCAAAUUGUCAUUGCUGGUUCAUAAACCAUGAUAAGAAAAAAAAUUAAGAGUACAAAUUCUAUAAUUAAAUAGAUUUUAAUUAAUUAUUAAGAAAAAUCUUGAAAGUGCAAUGUUGAAGGAAGCAAUUAAACUUGGGAGUUUGUUGUUAUUUCUUCCAUUCAGCCCUAAUUGGACAAAUGUAAUUUUGCAGAUUAGAAGGUUUUAACAUUCAAGUGGG